AUGACAGCAGCUGUAAUUUUCUGCAUAUUCCUUAUUCAUUAUGCUGCGCUGGCAAAAUUAUCGCUAGGAACCAAUACGGCGACAAUAAACUCAGUAUCACUGAACUACAACAACAUCACUUCUAGCCGGUAUCACGUAUAUACCAUUCAUAACAAAAGCAACAAUUCCGUUAACAGCAGUCGCGACAACAGAAACAACACAUGGCUCAUUCGCAUUUAUUUUGGCGGAUAUGAGGCAAAUGACGAAAGAAGCAGUGCUAACAUGCUCAGAAUCAAACAGAACAAGAAGAAAUUCUUCCGCAUUUAUUUCAUUCCAUUUCAUAACUUUAGUGAUAAAGAUAUCCUGAAAUACUGCAACAGCAAAGGCAACAACAGCAGCAAAAAACGGACGUUCGAAUGCAGCUGGAGCUUGUUAAUCUCUGACGACAUUAACAGCAGCAGCAUCCUCGAAAGCAGCAGCCCAGAUAAAAAUGAUAAAAAGAAGAGCAUUCACAUUCAUUUCAAAAUGAUACUUAGUGAAAAUAACAGUAGUAACAACAUCCUGGAAACUAGCCAUGAAGGCAGCAGCAGCAACGAUAAUGAAGGGGAUUUAUUUUGUAUUCAUUUCUACUAUCCAUUCGAUGACAGCAACAAAAUCGACAACAAUAUCUCGAAUAUCUCUGAAAACGUCGCUCAGUAUGACAGAAGAAAUGCAACAAUUUUCAUCAGCAUCCGUUUCAGAAGAAAAUGCAGCGAAAGGAGCAGCGCUGACAAUAAUACUCAAAACAAUAUAAUUGUGGUAUUGCCUAGCAACGACAGCUUUUACAAAAUGUACGGUACCUACAGUAUUAUUUUCAGCGACAGACAUCGCUCCAACAAUGGCAGAAGUAAUAACGUUGAAAAAAAGAAGUUCCCCAUCCAUUAUUCUCUGGUUUUUCCUUGUUAUAACGGUAGCAACAUUAUUGAAAGCCAAAACAAGGUCUAUGACAGCAGCAGAGAGAAAAUUUUCAUUGAGUGGGGUUCAGAAUGUGAUGCCAGUAACAGCAAUAAAAUAUUCGAGCCCAGUAAAGAGGAGAACCGCGGCAAAAAAGAACGUGUUUGGAUUGAACUGUAUUUUGUCGAUACCAGCAAAAACACCGCAAGCCUGGAAACUAACGAAAUUGACAACAGUGAUGAGGAAAAGCUCAUGUGCAUCCAUUCUAAUAUUCCGUUUAAAGUGAUCAGUGACGACAGCACUAUUCUAGAUAGCCACAAGGAGAACAGCAAUGAAAAGAAGUACUUUUGGAUUUCCUGGAACACAAAAUUGAACGACCACAAAAACGGGAUCGAAAUCCAAGAAAACAACGCAAAUAAAAGAAAUAGUGAUGCCAGAGGAAGGCGUAUUUAUUUUAAAUUGAAAUUACCGCAUGCCAAAAAUAGUACCGGUGAAAACGGCUAUAGCGGGAAGAGCAGCGACGACGACAGAAAGUCGAUCCACUUCAGCUUGAACUUCCCACUCUGUUACAAUUGCAGCAGUUUGUUCAACGAGUGA